UAUAAUUUUUUCAUAGAUGUUGGCGAUAGAAAAUCUUUUUUUAUUAUCUUAAUCCCUGUGGUAAUGGUUAAGUCUUCGCAAAGUAACGGUAUAGCCUUCUUUUACCCGUAAAUCUAUUUCUGUAUUGAAAUCAAAAUUUUCCAGUGCGAUAUUCUCGUGACCGUCGCCAUGGAUGUUCCCACGCUGUCAGCUGUAAAAAUGGCGGAGGGUGGGGAGGGGUGGACGCACCCUUUCUCUAAAAGAAAGUCCUUAUGCGUGGUAACUGGAGGUAGCAGAGGGUUCGGAAGAAGUGUGGCCGUUGCUUUAGCUGAAGAAGUCGCUCGGGGUUCUCACAUCGUGGUGCUAGGACGAAACUCGGAGUCACUGCGGGAUACAGAAAAGCUGUCCAAGGCGAUGUCGCCACACAUUCAAAUCACAACACUCUUCGGAGAUCUAUCCAAGUGUUCGGUUACCGGGAGUAUAUUUGCCUGUCUGAGGUUUCAGGUCGAUCCAACGGACUAUGAUCACGCUCUGUUAGUGAAUAACGCGGGAAGUGUUGGGAAUGUUAGUCGGAGAACUUGGGAACAUGGAGAUCCGCAAGAACUGGACUCGUACUUCAACUUGAACGUGGCUUCUGCGGUCUCGUUAACGGCGAAGUUUCUUGAGUUUGUGAGACCGGGGAAUUUGACUUGUACAAUAGUGAAUGUGACAUGUGACGAGGCGCACAGGCCCAUGAAAUGUCAUUCCCUGUACUGUGCGGGCAAAGCGGCAAGGGAAAUGAUGUUUAGGGUCAUGGCACAAGAAGAACCCCAUCUUCGAAUUCUUAGUUACAACCCAGGACCACUGGAAACGGAACUUAAGACUACAGUAAUGGUGGAGGCAGCUGAUGCUGAAGUCAGAGAGGAGAUCAGAAGACUACGAGAUGACAACCAGCUGAUAGAUCCUGAUGUGUCAGCUAGAAAACUGGUGCAACUUUUGAAAGAAGAUCUCUUUAAAAGUGGAGAAAUUGUGAACUUUCAUGAGAGCUGAAGACAUACAAUGCACUGUACUGCCAAUGUGAUGAAUCAUGAAUAUAUCCACACCAUGAAGUUGUAUUUAACUGACAAGAUUAUGCUCAUGCACAAUUGGGCUGACAGAUGAUAGCCAUACUUUGAACUGUUAUACUUCACUUGUUCACACCAAACAUAUGAGUUCUGUGAAAGAAAAUAUAUAUAUAAACAUUAUAUAUUUUUGAACUAAAUUUAGUUUAACUGUAAGAUACAACACAAAAAUUGAACUCACCGAAAUUUGAAAAAAUUCAACAGCACCAGUCUUUGUCAAGGACAUGUCACGUUAUGCAGAUACAACACGUGACUCAGUGAGCAGUGGCUCCUAAGUUGCAGGAAGUAUAUGGCGUCCACCGUCUCCGUCCUGCAACUUAUGAUCCACUGCUCACUGAGUCACGUGUUUUAUCUGCAUAACGUGACGUCAUGGCAGCAGUGGAUUGUUCAUUCCUUGGCAAAGACUGGUGCUGUUCAGUCAAAAAUUUCUUUGAGUCCAAUUUUUUCGUUGGAUAUUAAAGUUGAAAUAGUUUAAGAAUGACUUCUACCAACACAGAUGAACUUUCAAGUUAAUGUUAGAUAUUAGUGUUUUUUCAUAGCUUGGAGAUAGCUUAGGUAACAUUUACCACUUCACUGCACUACAUGGAAUUUCUUUCAACAGUGGUGUUCAACGGGUCUUUACAAAACUGGAUUGGACGUACUGUAAGAAUUUUCUAUGCAAGGGUUGGUUAGAUUUCUCUGCAAGCAGAGGUUAGACUCAGGCUGUUUUUGACAUGUUUUUAGGCUUUUUUAUUUGACCACGAAAUGAUACAAAAAGAAAGCCUGAUAAAACAUAAAAAAACAGCCUGACCUCUGCUUGGAGAGUAGGUUAGGUUUGGCUGGAUUCUGUUCACUGAUGGCUGCAAAUGAACUUAACAGUCACUCAGGUUUUACAAAUCUUUAUGUUAUUAUUAGGUGAAGGUGAUUGGUAUACAUGACACAAUGUAUCUCAGGGCAAUCUGACAAUAUAAUAGGAUUUCUUUUGUCAAAUAUUUUUGUACAUGAAAUAAAGUCAGAAUACAUGUA